AGCAGAAGAAGCAGAAGACGAAGAAGAAGGAAGCGGAAGCGGAAGUAGUGUUCCGGUGUCCUUGCGGCUGAAGACGUCUCUGAAGAUGAACAGACACAUAUUUGCUCUCCAGCAGGUGGCGCGGCGGACCAUCUCCAGCUCCGCCCGCCGGCAGGUCGAGAACAAAGUGCCGCAGAACCAGAAGCUGUUCCAGGAGGAUAACGGGCUGCCGAUUCAUUUGAAAGGAGGCACCGCCGACGCCGUGCUGUACAGAACAACGAUGGCCCUCACCAUCCUGGGAGCUGGAUAUGUUGUGUACGAGCUGGUGACGGCUGCGUUCCCGAAGAAAGGUUAACUCCUCCUCCACAGAUGUUUACUUCCACUGUAACAUAAAUAUCGGCCAGUCGCUUUGUGUGGUGUAAAAGUAAGAUAAGAUAUCCUCCGUCUGUGCCGGCCUCUGUGUUUCCUGUCAUGAUGGGAUUCGUUUCAUGUUCAUGGGAUCAAUAUUUAUUUCUUGUAAUCUCUCUGAUGACCUGAGGAUCAAUAAAAAAAAUACCUCUCAUGA